AUGUUUUGUAGUGGUUCUAGGCCUUGCUGUUUUAUUACUGGAGCUAGCCGUGGGUUUGGAAGAUCUGCGGCAAUCGCAUUAGCACGGCAAUUCUCUGAUUCUGGAACCGAAGGAAAUUUUAUCCUCGUCUCGCGUUUCGGCGAUGGGCUCGAAGAAACAAAGAAAAGAAUCGUGGAUGUCUGUGUUAGUGCGAAAGGUAAAGCUAUCUAGGCAAGAUCCAUCGAAGACAUCUUGACUUAGUCUUUUUAGGGAGCCGGGAAGGUGCUGUUUGUAGGGCACUCACCACCUCUUUGGUCUCUUUGGUACUGGUUUGAUAUCAAUUCUCAGACCUGGAUAUCACACCUGAGUCCAUUAAUUUCACAAUUCUUCCAGUCCAAUUUGUUCUUCGCUCGAGGAUUUUCCUACUCGUUCUUCAGUUUUCUCAUCUUCGCAAAAACAAGAAUGGCCAAUUACAAUUCGACCUGCAAUAAAUUUCUUUGAUAAAAAUCCAAGUCUAAUUCCCCUUUUAACACAUGUUUUGGCAGGAAUCGAAGAUGAUAUCGCAAUCCUAGUAUGUGAAAGCUACUCUGAAGAGCUGUGAACCCCUCCUGCCGUCCACCCCCGUAUCACAAUGGGUGAUUAAUUAACUGGUGAUUAACUCCUUUAACUCCCAAGAUGUGAUUGUUGAUUCUCCCCUCUAGCUGCUAGACUGUUCCUUGUAAAUCAGUUCUGAGAAUUUAUUGUUAGAUCAUAACAACAACCUUUACCUGAUAAGUUGGAGUUUUCUCAAUACCUGUUUGCAGGAUUAUGUAGGGAUAUGAUAGGGAGAAGUUCCAUGUUAAUCACUUCUGGGAGUUACUAAAUAAGCUAUGUUUUGUUUUCCUUUUAUCAUGUUAGAAACAAUGAUAAAACCAUGUGAUGGAUUUUUUUGUGGUUGCCUGUUGUUUAUCUAUGCUUGGACUACAUUUUCUUUAAUAGUUCAUGUUAUGGUUGCUGAUCUUGGAGAGAUGAGCACCUUAGAGGAUUCCAUAAAAGCUGCAUUGUGUAAGGUAUAAACGGCAUUAUACACCUUUUUAUGUAUGCUGAUUUAGUCAGCUUGUGUGACAUAGAGUUUAACUCUCAGUACUGAUUGACAUGUGACUUCUCCCUUUAAACAAAUGCGUCAUAUAACAAACAGGUAAUGAGAAUAUAAGAUAAGAGAUGAGAAUGAAGAAAAAUAUCAAUUUGGGGAUAAUUAGUUGAUCCAAUACUAAAUUCUCUGAACUAACAUUAUAGGAGUUGUAUGGUUGACAGAAAGGAGAAUUACAAGUUUGAUCUGGGAGUUAAAGGGUUAAUUACACCUGCUAGGAUCAUUUCUUUGUAUCAUGUAUCUCCAUGUGCAUUAAUGUUUCUCAAGAAAUAAGUGAAAAUGUAAAUGUGAAAAUAUAAUGCUACGAAAACAGGGAUACACUAACUCUUAUUUUACCAUGAAUCUCUUCCAGGUUGAAUCAUCCAAAGUUACACAUGCCUUUCUCCUGAAUAAUGCAGGGUCACUUGGAGAUGUGUCAAAAUGUUUCAAGGAUGUCUCCCAGAAGGUUGAUGCCCUGGCAGAUUACUUCAACCUGAAUCUAAACUCUCCCUUAUUUCUUACGUAAGAUGACACCUCUGUAAUAAUAAUAAUAAUGAUGAUGAUGAUAAUAAUACUAAUAAUAAAUCUGUUUUGCUAGUUUGUUCCUGCCUGACAUUAUUCCCCUUCUUAGGUGGAGCUACCUUUUAUGUCAGAAUAUUUCAACUCAAUUUUAGCUAAUACAGUAUUACUUUAAACAUGAUAUGUAAUCUUGGAGUGACCAUAAAAUCCCAAGGGGAAGAAGGAUGGUUAAAGGAGGAGUGUGUGUUAAAAAAAUUGUAAUUUUUAUCUCAGCUCUUUAAAAUUAUUUAUUAAAAAUUUACUCUUCAUUGGAGCUUGAGAUUCCAGAGAGUAGAACAGCCUUUUAAAAUUAUAUAGUAAGUAAGUAACUAACUGACUAAAUUAACAUAUUCAAUUCUCCAGUGGAAAGUUUCUUCAUUACUUCAAGGAUGCCUGCUGUACUGUAGUUAAUGUGUCGUCCCUCAUGGCUCUACAAUCUUUUCCAUAUUUUUCUUUGUAUUGCACUGGCAAAGCAGCUCGAGAUAUGAUGUGUCAAGUUCUGGCUAAAGAGGAGGUAUUUAUCUUUAACUCUUUAACUCCCAUGAGUGACCAAGACAGAAUUUCUCCUUACAAUAUUAAUACAAUAUCAACCAGAUAAGUGAAGGGAAUAAAGAAAAAUAUCAAUUUUGGGUUAAUUAGUUGAUCCAAUAUUAAAUUCCCUGAACUAACAUCAUAAGAAUUGUAUGGUUGACAGUAAGGAGAAUUACAAAUUUGAUCUGGGAGUGAAAGCAUUAAUAAGGUUUGGUGUGGUUGUUGUUCUUAACUUUACACUAUGAUUCAUUAAUUCUUUCAGAUCAUAUCAGUAUCUGGGCAACUGCCCACCUACCCCUCCCCUAACCCAACAUUAACCUUGUUGUCAAUUAACUGUUGCUGAGUUAGGGGAGGGGUAGGUGGGCAGUUGCCCAGAUACUAAUAUUGAUCCAUUCUUUCAACCCUUUGACCUCUAAGAGUGAUUAGCAUCUAAUUUCUCCUUCAAUAUUACCCCUGAAUCACACAUUAAUGUCUUGAGAAAAAAGGGAAUGAUCUAUUUUUUGUCCUUAUGGUGCCUUUUUAUGCAUGUUUGGAAGGAGACCUCAAAAACACUGUGAGCCUUAAAGCCUUUACACCAUGUCAUCAGUAUGCAUAUUCUCUAUACUGUUCUCUAGAAAUUUCUUAAGGUGCUGACAUGGAGAAUUUCUUAAACAACCAAGAGCCUCUUUAGUUGGCAAUCAUGUUCCUUAUUCUUUUGACCUUAAUAUGUGAUUGACAUGUUUUUUAUCUGGCCUUAGAGAAUAUUAUCUUGCCAUUUCACACAACAGUCCUUGCUGCUAAGACCUUUGGUGUUCAUGCACCAUGUUUUCUUUCAGCCCAAUGUUAAUGUGCUAAGUUAUGCCCCUGGGCCACUGCUUACAGAUAUGUACGAGGAGAUAUGCACCACAUGUGGGAAUCAGGAAGUUGUUGAUAUGUUUAACACCAGUAAAGAGCAAGUAAGUACUGAUUUGAAAGAAUUAUUGUUUUAAUGUGCCAACAUUAGUGCUUUUCAAGAGGACAAAAGUACAAGAACAGAUAAUGCCUACAAAGGAACUCUGCAAGCACAUGGACAUAGGGAUAACUUGAUUUGACUGAAUGGAAAGAAACUAUUCUCCUGUAUUGACUCCAUUGUAGUUGAAGCUUGGACAGUCAUAAACAAAUUCCCAAUAGGAACAGGUUUUCUUUGUAUCCAUACUAUUUUAGAAAGUGAGGGAGGAGGGGGGCACUCUGGGGGGGGGGGCACUUAUUAAAGUGUCUGCUUAUUUGAGAAAAAGCGAAAAUGUAUUCAAUAUCGUGAUUUGCUUAUUGUAAUCUAUCAGAGCAAACAAUGCUUUUGGAGUUAGUCUUGUGGUCUCUUCUCUAGCCAUGUUAUUUUGUGAUUCAUUUCAUCCAUAUUUUUUCCUCUAGAGUACAGCACUAACUUCAGAUCAGUCUGCAGAAAAACUUGUGAGAAUUUUGAAAGAAAAUGCUUUCAUUUCUGGUUCUCAUGUUGAUUACUUUGAUUGAAAUGUUAUGCAUAAGGUGUUCUUAUAAUUUUAUUUCAAGAUCUUAAAGUGGUAAAAAAGGUGUGGUCAUUUUAUUAAAUCAAUGUGCCCGUUCAUAUCAUCUUAUCUGUGAACUGGUCAGUUUUACGAGUUAACUGGGUAUCCUGUGGCAUUAGGCUUGUUCAUCAGCAGCAAUCAUAUUAAUGGAAACAGACGUCUCUUUUAUUUAUGACAAUGAUCAUUAAACGGGUCACAAGCAUCAUGAGAAACCUGGACACUAGAGGCAGAGAAAAGUAUAAAGAGGGAAAGUAUAGGAACAAUGUAAAAAGCAAGAAAAAAAAAUAAAAGUUUGAAAAGUAAAAUCUGCACAUUUCCUUCUUGUUGUAGGCAAAAAGUGAGUCAUAAUGUUGUAAAAAUCUCCUUGAAUAAUUAAAAAGAGAUUCCAAAAUUUUUCUGAAUUGGAAGCAAAGUGACUUUAUCCCUUCCCACAUGUAAUUCUGUUAUUAACAAUUAUUAAGAUGAACCAUCACCAUACAAUUUUAUUUUUUCGUGUACUUUUUUUUUAUUCUGAAAAAGACUCCAUAGAAUACCUUACAAUAAAAAAAAUUAUCACUGUUUUCUUAUAUUCAAUUUAGGGUUAAAACUGAU